AUGAUAUCGCUGUUGAAAACUAUAAAAAUAAGAGCUUAUAAGUUAGGAAUGUUUUUAACUUUCAUAUUAGUAUUGUUAUUUAGUUUUCCUAUAAUAAUAUUAUCAUUCAUUACAUAUUAUUGUCAUUCUAUAUCUUAUCCAAUCAUAUCGUUCUAUACAUAUGAAGUUAUAAUACCAGUUGCUGUUAAAUGGAUUUCACUAACAGUAGACAUAAGACAUAGAAAGUCUUUUAAGUUAUUCAAAUUAUCUGGAAUUAAUCUUUUUAUAAGCAAUCAUUGCACAUCUAUUGAUUCAUUUAUAAUAACAGAUUAUUUAGAAGAUGAUAGAAAAUACAUUAAUAUUCUUCAUAAGAAAUCAGUAAUGUUUAUACCCGUAGCUGGUCAAAUACUCAAACUCUUGAAAUUUUGUACUAUUUCAAGAAACUUUACUGAAGAUAUUAGCGUAAUAAGAGACUAUUUAAAAAACAUCACCAAAUCAAUGAUCAGUUCUUAUAUUUUAAUUUACCCUGAAGGCACUAGAAAAACUUAUCAAAAACAAAGAGAGUCAAAUGAAUUUUGUAAAUUACGUAAUAUCAAACCUUUUAACAAUGUUCUUUGUCCCAGAUACAAAGGGUUUAAAGAAUUAAUGAAUGGAAUAUAUCAAGUCAAUCAAAAUGCCAAACUUAUUGAUUUAACUUUAAAAUAUUCCAAAAGUGUACCAAGUUUUCUUGAUUGUAUAAUUGGAACAAAAAGUUUUACAGUUGAUAUUUAUGCAAAUGUUUUUAAGAUUGGUGACAUCAGUGACCCUAAAACAUUUCUUUUUGAGAGAUUUAGAUUGAAGGAUGUGAUUUUAAAAUAA